UUGAAAAAUCGAAACCUGAAAAAAUAGAAAAAUUGAAAAACCAAACAACCUGAAAAAUCAAUCAAUUGAAAAAUUGACACAUAAAGAGUUUAUAAAAGUCAAAAAUUGAAAAAUCGAAAUAUUUAAAAAUCGGAAAAUUGAAGAGAAAAACUGAAAACCGGGAAAUUGAAAAAUUCAGAAAUUGCAAAGUCCAAAAAUUGAAUAAUAAAUAGGAGUAAAUUGAAAAGUCCCCAAACUAAACUUUCGAAAAACUGAGACAUUUUUUCUAGUUAAUUUUAGUUAGAAACAAACACUGUUGCCAACAUAAGUCGAGGAGUCCUUAACCGUCAUUUAAUUUAAACUAUGACGCUUCUCUAUGUUCUUUGCUAAAUUGGUGUCUAAAAUCUGAAUUUGAAAUCAGGUAUGCCAUCAUAAAAUUUUAAAUACGCUGCCAAUCUGACAAAAAAAAAAUCACGGCGCGACAAUACAAAUAACGGGUGUUCAAUUGAAAUUUGAAAGUCAACGUGGCGAAAAUGCAUGUGUUUUAUUAAUCUGUACUGUUGUCUGUUGUUUGUUUCGACAGUUUCCAUUCGAUUAAAUUUCACAAUGUUUACAAAAAAUCAAAGUCAACCUGAUGACUUUUUCAACUGAACAUCCUAUAUAUAAUUCCCAUAUAAACCACCGACCAUGCAAAUAUGUACAAGAUACUAAAAAUAAAAAUUAGGUCAUAUUUUCUGGCAAAAUUCAGACGACUCUCAAUUUCAAAAAUGUCCUCUUCAGACUCUGAGGACUCGUACCAAUUCGGCUACUACAGUGUAAGCCAAUACGAGAACCAAGCAGGACCCCCAUUGAUUAAAAAAAAAUCUCGUUUAAUCGCCGCCGUCGUCCAAAACCAAGUGGAAAUCCUCCGCAACCUUCUCGACUCCCCCAGAUGGUAUAAAGUUCGAGACGCAAAUGGUUACAGUCUACUACAAAUAGCAAUUUUUCGAGACAACGUUGAAGUCUUCGACUAUUUGUUAUCAAUACCGAAUUUUCCACUCGAGUUUAAGAACAAAAAAGGCCAAACAGCGUUGAUAUUUGCACUUGGUAGUCAUGAAUUUAGAGGGAUAUAUGUAUGGAUGAGGGAACAUUUUGCGUAUGAACUCAUCAAAAAAGGUGCCUGUAUUGAUGAAGAGUCUUUUCAAGGACAGAAUGCACUACACGCUGCUUUAUUAAAUAGUUACUUUAGGACGGCUAAGCUUAUUAUACAACGGGGGGCUGAUAUGACAAUAUAAACGAGAUAGUAACGACUCUGUUGGCGUAUGGAGCACGACCUACAGUCGACAAUUUUGAAUAUUCAAUUCUAGACAAGUGCUCUUUUGAAGUACAAGAAACUCUGUGUCUGCACAUUUUUGACCAGUACUCAAACGUGGAGUUGCCCCUGGAUCUGUUACUAAAACUUGCUAAGAUGAAAUCUCCGCUUUUCUACCAGAUUAUUGAAUGCCCUAUUAAAGUAAAAGUUAAGUGUGCUGAUAUAUGCUUGUACUUUCGCAUAUUGUCAUCCAUAAGCGUUGACUGUCUGCAUCUCAUCAUCAAAAAAUUUGGUCACCAUAUAAAUAGGGUAUUGUCAAGCGGAUUUUCAGAUGUUAUUUCCACGCGCCGUUACCGGAUGCCAAUUUUUUUGAAAAAUUUAGAUGUGAUGCUUACAAGCGAAUUACAACCAUCUGUGAUCUCUUUUAUAAAUAUUGAAAAUAGUAGCAACAUACUUAUGGAUUUCAUCAUGAGUAGAUAUGAUAAAACAACCAUAACUCAAUUCUACUGUUAUUUAUUAAGUUAUGGUUUGAAUGUUCAAGAGUUAGAUUUGCAUUAUAUAUACGAUUUGUAUGGUUAUUGCGACUUGUUUAAAAUUCUAUUGCAUAUGGACAUACAUAUGUCUCUUCCAAAAGGAGACAUUAGAAGUGUGGUACCUCAUCUGGUGUAUGAUAUUAAUAUGGAUGUAGAGCGUUUUCUUCACGAGGUGUGUUGUCGUGGAAAAUCCAAGAGCGUGUUUAUGUUACGACGUUAUUUCGCCCGUCCUGAAUUUAGUAAACAUUGUUCCGACGACGUUGAAACGUUGGAUUUUGCAGCAAAACAACGUUGUUUAGAAAUACCCCUGUUAGUAGAGCUAGCGCGCAAUGUUUUUAGGCAGUUUUUUAUAGACAAGUUUAAAAUUAAAACGUGCAAAGAGUUUUACACGAGACUUAAUUUUUUACCAAUUAGCAACACAUACAAAAAGAUUAUUACGUAUGAAACGAAGUUGUAUUAAAAAUGUUCGUAUAAAUACGUUUCUAUUUUUGUUACUUAUAAGUGAAAGUUGUUUGUCGUUCGUUUUAUAAAGUCGUUUUUACAUGAAAAUAAAUGGUGCUGUUAGUACAUGUGUUUGAAUUAUGAAUACACAAAAUUAUGCAACCCACAAUGCAAAUGUCCUUGGCGUUUGUAAACUCAAAUCCAUAAGGUUGUAACCACUCCCUAGUGUAAAUUUUUAAAAAUUAUUCAGUGUAAAUCUGUCUUUUAAUAACCUGGUGACAUAUUUGGUGACCUGUCAAUAUAAUGUCAGUUCAUUCAUGUACUCGCGACACAUGAUUACGUUCGACUUCACUGCAAUUCUUGCACUCCUGCACAGGUUAUUUCAUAAUUAUCAUUGUAACUUGUCGCAAUAUUGUAAAAACUGAUAAACAAUUUUCAAUAAAAACAGGAUAACCUGAGUCUUCAUGGUAAUUAUAAUACAAGAGCAACGAUAAAUAGAAACGUGUUUUAUCUUUCAUCUGUAGAAAGAAUGCCACCUGCUGUAAUUUAGACUUGCAGUCGAUACGUUUACGAAUUACGAUAAAAUGAACCCAAAAAUAUUGUGGUCACGAAUGAAAUCAAAUAUUGGGCUGGUAAAAAAACAAGAUGGGGAAUAACUGAGAUAUUCAGAAUUUGUUUAAAUUAUUGUACAUGAGUAUACGUGAUAAUUAUAUGUGUGGCUAACUAUGACUCGAAGGAUCAGCUCUCUCGACUGAAAUGAUCAAUCUCGCGAGCAACACCAAAAUUGUCUAUAAUGGGUAGAUCACCUUAAUUAGUUGCAAUGGAUGACCAAUUUUUCAUCAAAAAAAUGGGACACCAACAAGUCUUUAAUGUUAUGUUUAAUAACUCUAAUAUUUGGUACUACUUAUUAUUUACAAAAUGUACAAGGGAUUUGGUUGAAGGCGAUAGGUCUGGCUAUGCUCCUCCGUCCUGACGAUUUUAGUGGUAAUAAUGAACAAAAUGUAACUUCACAAAAUUCAGAGGCUAAAAUAAUAGGUAUGUUGAAAAUAAUUUGACGGCUUAUUUAAACUUACUGUUACAGGAGUGGUUAGAAACAUUGGGAACACAUAGACCAAAUAACCAAAAAGCAAUUAUUUUUCUGUUGUUAACUUUCUUAAAUCUGAAUCCCAUGGAUUUUAAUACUCAACGUAAAGUAUUUAAACUUGCUGUAUAUUCUGGAUGUUCUUUCGCAAAAAUAAACAAAUCCUGAAGAGUAAAAAACUCA